AUGACGGAGAAAAAACACCCCAAGCUGCGUGCGACGGGCAUCUUCAGCGGUUUCGGUAGCAGCGGCGGCAUCGGCGGGGACUAUUUAAGGUCGCAGGGCUCGGCCAACGCGACUCUGCCCGAGUUGCUUAGCGCAGGGUACAUCCACUCAGUCUACCUCUACAGGGAGUCGCAGGAGCUGUACACCGCCUACAUAUCAGUGCAGGGCGCCCCGUUCAGCGACCCAGCCUUCUCCGCUCCCGAGCUGCAGCUCAGCGGACUGCCCACAGCCGUCAUCUCCUACUCGGUGUGGCGCGCCCUCUCCCCGGCGCAGCGCCUCGGCGAGUUAGCACUCGCCUACAGGGCCCUCUGCGAGUUCCUGCUGCUCGCCUCCGACGACCAAACCGGGCUGGGCCGUGCCGAGCUGGGGGCGCGCCUCGCGACUAUGCGCUCCCAGCUCCUCGCGCUCACGAUGAGCGCACGCGCGGCUCUAGCGCUGCUGCGGUCGGGCACCGAGGGUCGCGCGCAGCUCGCCGGGGAGCUCCAGGGGUUGGCGGCCUCGGACCCUCUGUCCGGGGCCGCCGCCUCGGCGGGAGAUUGGAGCAGGAAGGUGCGCGGCUUCGUGGUGGCGCGCGACCUCUGCGCUUGGCUCGCGCGCUCUGUGCGCGACUUUUACCUCCUCAAGACGCAGUUGCCCUGA